AGUGAGACAGCAGUGAGAGAGGAUCAUGCGGCGGAUAAGCCUUCUUUCCCAUCAGCUCCAUUCUCAUCAUCGCCUUCAUUCUCAUCACCAUCAUCAUUAUCCCAUAAAUCCAACCAAGCCCAGCUGAGGAAUAAUGUCAGGGAACAACACCACGGGGACGACACAGGUGAGCGACUACACUUGCGUGCGCUUUUACGUGUCUACCGUGUCCUUCUCGGUGCUUCUCUUCUUCAACCUCAUCAUCAACUGGUCGAUAGUUCGCGAGGAGCGGCUCCGGCGUCAUGCCCGCUUCGUGCUGGUGUUCCACCUGCUGGUGUCCGCGCUGGUUCACCUGGGCAUGAGCAGCGUCUUCUACUACCAGAUCCACCUGGGCGCGCGGCCGGGGCGCAGCGCCUGCCUGGUCAUGAUCAUUGUUCUGAUCAGCAGCGCCUCCAACAUCCUCCUGACGCUCACGGUGAUGGCUCUGGACCGCUACUGCGCCGUGUGCCACCCGAUGCGCUACAGCGCCUCCUGCACCGUGGGGCACUGGCCCUGGCUGCUGGGUGUGCUCACCUGGAUGCUGGCUUUGGUCAUCCCGCUCACUCUGCUCCUCCAGCCGGACUCCCAGGCCAGCAGAGACGAUUAUCACGGGGAGUGCGGCCAGGAGAAGCUGAGGAAAGGCGGACUGCAGAAGGUGGUGUUCAUUGGUUUGUGCACGGUGCUCAUACUGUACAGCUAUGUGAGGAUACUGGUGGAGGGGAGGCGGUUAGGGGUGCUCAAUCGGCGCAACCGGGCCGGGUGUAGGACGAUCGCCCUGCACGGCACCCAGCUGGCCGUUUACAUCCUCCCCAACUUCGUGAGCUUCGUGCUGACGACUCUGUACGAACGAAAGUUCAUUCAGACAGAGACCAAAGAGCUGUCCGCCGUGGUUAUCUUUGCUUUCUUCAGUUUGGCGCAGUGUGUUGCGCCAGUUAUUUACGGUUUGCGCAAAGAGGAACUAAUGGAGCAGCUGAGUCACAGGUUCCCCUGCUGCUCCAGAUACUUGAAGAGUGUCCUCGGCUGGACUGUGCGAGCCAGCUGGCAACACCCUCAUCACAGAGCAAGGGAGCGAACGCUGACGGCCCAGACCAUCAUCUCCCUAGAAGUUUCGCAAGUCCCAGCGCAGGAGGAGGAAACUAGGAGUUGCUCACAUGACUCACUCUCAUGUCAAGGUGAUACGAGCAAUGCCUGAUGGGGGAAACAGCGGGUCAGGAUGUCGACUGGCACAGGAACAUUUGGAUACAUGGCUGGUUUUUUUCUCAGCUCAGGCCUGAAAGGAACUAAAGGGAUCUCCCGGGACUUCAUAAACCCCCCCGGUCGGUCAGGAGAUUUAGACCAGGAUGCGCAGCGAGCGACUCGGGACAUCAGCAUGUUUAUGUUGUGCUCUAUUUUUGACCACUUGUCUCAGACAUGCGGGUUCACAGUGGAGCGGAUCAGUGACCAGCAGAGUGUGGUUGCAGAGGCGGCGGACAGUUCUCUUACUGUAGAUUUCUCAGGCUGGUCCAGAGAUGUAAGAUUCAAGUCUUCAGGUCACAAACACAACUUCUCUGACCUCGGGACUGCAAACAGGCCUGCAUCACGUGGGAUUAAAAAUGACUGGGAUGGAGGAUGUGAUCUCACAUGUCGUCUGGUGAAUGUUGUUUCCAUGUGUUCUUAACCUUGUGGACAUUAAAAGUUGUAAGUUUAA